UAUAUUGCCAGAGCAUGUGAAGGGAAGUGUUCCUUGCGCAUGCGCGGAACUUGCGUUUUCCAGUAUUAUUCGUGUCGCAAAACGUAACAUAGCAGUUCUGUAUUACUUCUCUAAUUUUUACCUUUGUACUCAUUCGUCCAUCGUAGGAAAAACUCGACUUUAUUAGUUCUUCGUGUCAGGAUUGACUCAACUCGUCUCAGUGAACUUUGACGCAUCUCUUCUCAGGCGGAGCUUGCUAGCCAGCUAGCUUAGCUUGCUAGUUAGCUUAGCAUGUUAGCCGCUAACAAAGAGGGGCGGAAGUGAUCAAAACACAUCGCUAAGAAGAGAUCAAGUUGUCCUGCAAACAUCUGCAACAGGAGUGGAGCUUCAGGAUGGAGCAGGAGGAGCCACAGCGCUCCCUCGUUAAAAAGGGAAAGAAGGACCCACUCACCCCUCAUUUUAAAGAGGAAGAGGAGGAACACAGCAUCAGUCAAGAGGGAGAGCAUCUUGAAGGACUGGAGGAGGUUGAUGUCACCAAGAUGCCAGUGACUGGUGUCCCUGUGAAGAGUGAAGGUGAUGAUGAACAUCUUCUCCCUGAGCAGCAGAAGUGGAGCUACAGGAUGGCGACGGAGGACCCACAGCCCUCCCACAUUAAGGAGGAAGAUGCUGCGCUACACAUCAAAAAGGAAGAGGAGUACCCACUGACCCCUCACAUUAAAGAAGAGGAGGAGGAACACAGCAUCAGUCAGGAGGGAGAGCAUCUUGAAUGGUUGGAGGAGUUCCCAGUGAUUGGUGUCAUUGUGAAGAGUGAAGGUGAUGAGGUCAAAGGUGAGAGUGAGGAGAAGAGAGAGGCGGAGCCUCCAAGCAGCAGCUCAACUCAACACAUGACAACAGAAGCUGAUGGAGACCACUGUGGAGGAUCACAAGCAGACAAGCUCUUAGCUCCACUAUCAGAUAGUGAGGACACAACAUCACACUCUCCUGACACUGAUGAUGAAGACUCUAAAGAUGAUAAGACGCGCCUGACAUGUUCCUACUGUGACAAAACCUUUAAAUACCCAAGUCUUCUGAAAGAACACAUAAGAACACACACUGGAGAAAAAUAUUUUUCCUGCACAGAAUGUGGUAAGAGAUUUGCCCGGAAAAAUGUGUUGAACGUACACAAGAGAACACACACCGGAGAAAAACCUUUUUCCUGUUCAAUAUGCGGUAAAACCUUUGUACAAAAGCAAUGUUUGAAAAUACACAUGCGAAAACACAGCGGGGAAAACCCCUUUUCCUGUUCAAUCUGUGGUAAAAGUUUUACAACAAGUUCAAAUUUUAAAGUACACAUGAGAAUACAUACCGGAGAAAAACCUUUUUCCUGUUCAAUAUGUGGUAAAGCUUUUGUACAAAAGGAUUGUUUAAAUAUACACAUGAGGAAACACAGUGGGGAAAAGCCUUUUUCUUGUUCAACCUGUGGCAAAAGUUUCACAAGAAGUUCAAGUCUGAAAGUACAUAUGGGAAUCCAUACUGGAGAAAAACCGUUUUCCUGUUCAAUUUGCGGUAAAGGUUUUGCACAUGGUAAACAUUUGAAAGUACACAUGAGAAUACACACAGGAGAAAAACCUUUUACCUGUUCAAUCUGUGGUAAAGGUUUUGCAAAAAGUAGCAAUUUUAUUGUACACAUGAGAAUACACACCAGAGAAAAACCUUUUAUGUGUUCAAUUUGUGGCAAAAGGUUUUCACAAAGUCCACAUGUGAAAAUACACAUGAGAACACACACUGGUGAAAAACCAUACUCCUGUUCGAGCUGCAACAAAGGGUUUUGUGAACGAUCAAAGCUUGUAGCACACAUGAAUACACACACAGCAGAGAAAGUGUUGAGUUGCAGUGUGUGUGGUGAAAGAUUCUCUUCUAAGUACCAGUGUAAGAAACACAAGUGUGCUGGUGAGAACAGCAGCAGCAAAUGAACAUGCAGGAUUUGAAUUAUACUGUCAAAACUUGUAUUAAUAUACAGCAUUGUGUACUUUUAUGUAAAAAAAAAAAAAACACAAUAUGACUGUAAAGGUGAAAACAAACAGUACAAAACAUAUGUUACAUACAAUAAACAUUUAAUGUGUUUAUAGAUAAUCAUAGUUCACCUUUAUACUUAUUCAUAAUGGUGUUUUAUGUAUCUUUUGGAAAUAAUGAAGUGUUAAAUAUUUUCAUUUCUAAUUGUAAAUGAUUCUAUGUAUGAACUUAUUUAUAUGAUAUACAUAUUUGUUUUACAUGUGUUCAUACCUUUGCUUUUGAGUACACAUAAAUCCCUCUUAGUUCAUAUUUACUGGUUCACAUCUGAAACAUCUUCUGGAAGCAUAUUAUUAUUUACUUUAUACAUCAUUUUAGCAGUUGUGUUUUAUACAAGAUCAUUUACUUUUAAAAUGUGUGACUUUAUGAGUCAUUUGUUGGGUCUCCAUAAUCCAUUCUAUUGUCUUUAUUACUCUCUUUUGUAACAUGAAUAUUGUUUUGUUAUUGUUUUUUAUGUAUGUCCCCAGACCUUUAUGCAAUAAACAAUG